GGCCUACCUGGCACCUCUUUCUACCUUUGUUUUCAAAACCUCCCCCCUCCAUGCCUGCUCCUUUUAUCCUCGCGUUGCUUGAGAAUCUUCUCGAAUCUGGGGGCUUUUGCACUUGAACAGGACUCCUUUGCCAUCAGCAUGGAAGACACUUACAUCGACUCCCUGGACCCUGAAAAGUUAUUACAGUGCCCAUAUGAUAAAAAUCACCAGAUCAGGGCCUGCAGGUUUCCUUAUCAUCUUAUCAAGUGCAGAAAGAAUCAUCCUGAUGUCGCAAACAAAUUGGCUACUUGUCCCUUCAAUGCUCGGCACCAGGUUCCCCGGGCUGAAAUCAGCCAUCACAUCUCCAGCUGUGAUGACAAGAGCUGUAUUGAGCAGGAUGUGGUCAAUCAAACCAGGAACCUUGGACAAGAGACUAUGGCUGAGAGCACAUGGCAGUGCCCUCCUUGUGAUGAAGACUGGGAUAAAGAUUUGUGGGAACAGACUAGCACUCCAUUUGUCUGGGGCACAGCCAACUUCUGUAGCAACAACAGUCCUGCAAACAAUAUAGUUAUGGAACAUAAGAGUAACCUGGCUUCAGGCAUGCGAGUUCCCAAGUCUCUGCCCUAUGUUCUGCCAUGGAAAAAUAAUGGAAAUGCACAGUAACUGAACAUCUUUUUCAAAUGCCAGACUGUGGAAGACUCUUCUUAUUCCUGCGACCUAAGGGUUCUUCUUUUCUCUCUUUAUCUGAUUAUAGAACAGUAAACUGUCUGUGACUUUCAAACUGGCAAGUACAUUUUUUUUAACUACUGA